AUGCCUCCACACGAAGGACUAGUUCACUCCAAGGAGUACGACGUCAAAGACAGUAAUGUUGAGCUGAUCGGGUCUGACCUGGACCACCGCGUCAAGUACAACUCCGCCGUCACCGAGCCAGCCUGGAACAACGGCAAGAUCGGCCAAGAAGCCGGGCUCUACAUCUGGCGCAUCGAAAACUUCGAAGUCAUCCCCUGGCCGAAGGAAAAGUACGGCCAAUUCUACGAUGGAGACAGCUUCAUCGUGCUGCACUCGUACAAAGUCGGCGACAACAAACUAGGCCAUGACGUCUUUUUCUGGCUCGGCAGCAAGACCACCCAAGAUGAAGCCGGCACCGCCGCUUACAAGACCGUUGAGCUGGACGAGUUCCUUUACGGUGCUGCGACUCAGCAUCGUGAGGUGCAGCAGUCACCCUCCGAUGAGUUCUUGGCGUUGUUCCGUAACAUUUCUAUCCGGUCUGGCGGUGUCCGCUCUGGCUUUACACAUGUCGAGCCUGAGGAGAAGCCGGAUAUCCUGACGCUUUUGCGGAUCUUCAAGCAUCCCGGUGCUGGUCGCAUCGACUCGCUCAUCGUGCAUGAGGUCGAGCCGACUUGGCAGAGCCUCGAUGAGAAUGACGUCUUUGUUUUGGACAAAGGCAACAAGAUCUGGGUUUGGCAGGGAAAGAAAUGUAGUCCCAUGGAGAAGGGCAAGGCCGCGCAGGUUGUUAACGAUAUGACUCUUGCGAAACAUGUUGAUGUUGAGGUCCUCUCGCAGUUGGAGUCGAGGUCGAGACUCGUGGUCGAUUUACUCGGUGGAAAGGAACAAGCUUCGUCUACCUUGGAGGCACCGAGACCCGGUCGUUUCGGGAAGAAGGCCAGCGAGACUGGUGCUGGUUCUCAAUCACGCAAGCUGUUCAGACUUAGCGAUGCCUCCGGUGACUUGUCUUUCGAUCUUGUUAAGGACGGACAGCGUGUCAACCGGUCCGACCUUGACGGAAAGGAUGUCUUUCUCUAUGAUACUGGCUGCAGACUUUGGGUUUGGCAGGGAUCUGAAGCUAGCGCGGGCGAGAAGGCCAUGUGGCUCAAGAUUGCCCAGUUCUACGUCCGCAAGAUCCAGGAGAGUGUGCAAGAGGCAUAUCUCACCCCUAUCUCAAAGGUAUCUCAAGGCCACGAAUGUCCUGCGUUCUUAAAGGCCCUCGAGGUCUAA